CGCCGGGCACGCGGGCGGGGGCAGCUCGCGCCACUGGCCUCCCCGGGAGGGGCACAGGUCCCACCGAAGGAGUCCUUUCCUGCUUGAUUUCUGCCAGUCUGGAGGGGUUAACUAUAGGAGAAUGUCUCAGGAACUGAGGACACACUCGCUUUUCCUGCUCCUUUUCCUGAGUCACGCGGUGCUGAGUCGCAGAGUUCCAAAUCCCAGGCAGGAUUUGCAUCCAUUGUUGCAGAAAAUGGCGGAAGAAAUAAUAGAUGGAAGCUAUCUGAAAGCAUUACUGGAUCUCAUACAGUUUCAAAGCUCCCAUGUGUGGACGGCAGACCUGCCCCACAGAGUCCUGGCCUACCUGAAUUCACGGAAUGUCGCCUUCACAAUCCCCAGUCUGCAGGCAGCCAUGGAGAAUCACCUGGAGCAGCGCUUGUAUGAGCCUCAGAAGCUACUGGAAGACCUGAGGGACGUAGAUGCUCAGCAAUUCCACACUGCCAUGAGAUGCCUCUUAGGAGACAAGAAGGAUCGCUUGGUGCUAGAGGACAUCAUCAUCGACUUGGGGGAGAUUCGGGAACAAGCUUUGCAGAGCCCUGGAGUGAACCGCAGCCUGUUUCUUAUCACGCUCGAGAGGUGUUUCCAGGUGCUGAACCCCCUGGAGUGUGUGGAGAUCCUGGGUAGGAUACUGAGGGGGUCCACAGGCAGCUUUCUCCAGCCGGACAUCACACAGAGGCUCCCCCAGAAUCUGUGUGAGGACGCCUUUAAGAACCUAUCUGCGGUCUUCAAAGAUCUCUACGACCAAACCUCAGCUCAUUCCCAGAAAGCCCUCUACUCCUGGAUGACAGGGAUUUUGCAGAUGUCCUCCAAUAUCACUGAUGAUUCUGUUUCAUGGGUCAGUGCCGAAAGCUUAUGGAUUUUGGGCAGAUACAUGGUUCACCUCUCAUUUGAAGACAUUAUGAAAAUUAGUCCUAUAGAAAUUGGGCUGUUUAUCAGCUACGACAAUGCCACCAAGCAGCUGGACACAGUUUACGACAUCACACCUGAAUUGGCCCAGGCGUUUCUGGAGAGGAUUGGCUCCUCCAACUUUGACAUGAGAAAUACCUCUACCAUCCACAGGUUGGGUCUGCUGGUUUGUUUCUAUGAUGACCUGGAGUUGCUGGACGCUGCCAUGGCCCAAGUCCUCCUUCAUCAGAUGAUCAAGUGCAGCCACCUGAGGGGCUUCCAGGCCGGCGUUCAGAAGCUCAAAGCCGACCUCCUGGACAUUGCCACAGAGAACCAGACCCUCAAUGAAACGCUGGGCUCUUUGUCGGACGCGGUGGUGGGUCUGACCUGCAGUCAGCUGGAAUCCCUCUCCCCAGAGGCUGUGCACAGUGCCAUCUCCACCCUCAACCAGGUUUCAGGCUGGGCCAGGAGCCAGAUCAUCCUCUUGUCUGCCAAAUACCUGGCCUAUGACAAGGUGCUGUCCUUCUACAACGUCAGCCAGAUGGGUGUGCUGGUGGCUGGGGUUGGCACCCAGGCCUUGUACGGCAUGGACCGUAGGGACCUCUUGCAGACCCUGAGAAGUCCCGUCUCCCAGCACAUGUCUGAUCUGUCACCUGCCCAGCAGCAAGGCAUCCUCAGCAAGAUGAUUGAAGCAGAAGAUACUGCCUCAGCCAUUGUGGAUAUACAAGGGGCUUUCUUUAAGGAAGUGUCUCUCUACGAUUUACGGAGGCAACCUGGAUUCAACUCUACGGUCCUCAAGGAAAAGGAGCUUCGGAGGAGUCAGGCCUUGUUCCUGUAUGAGCUUCUGUCACAGGUGACCAGGAGGCCGGGUGAGCUCCUGAGUACAGGGCAGCUGGUCAAAGGCGUGAUGUGCUCGCACAUUGAAGACAUGAGUGCAGACUCCUUUCUGGCCCAUUUCCAGCAUUUUGAGAAUAACCUCUCCCUGCUGUCACCGUACCAGGUCAAUUGUUUGGCGUGGAAAUACUGGGAAGUUUCCAGGUCCUCUAUGCCGCCCUUCCUCUUGGCCACACUCCCGGCCCACUACCUGGCUUCUGUUCCAGCCUCCCAGUGUGUGCCCUUUCUGAUCAGCCUGGGGAAGAGUCAGCUGGACUCCUUGGUUUUAGAUUCUCACAAAAAGAAUUCAGUUCUCAUGAAAGUACAGCAGUGCCUGAACGACUCCCUGGCUGAUGAGUACGCCGUGGACGUCGUGGGGAACCUGCUCUGCCACCUGCCGGCAGCCAUCAUUGACCACGGCAUCUCCCCCAGGGCCUGGGCCACCGCCCUGCACAGCCUCAGACGCUGCCCAGACCUCGGCGCUGAGCAGAAGGCUGUGGUGCGACUCAGGCUCCUGCAGCAGCACGGACUCCCUCAGAAUUGGACGGCUGAGACUACGAAGGACUUGGGGCCCUUUCUAGUCCUUUUCUCAGGAGAUGAACUAAGCUCUGUUGCCGCAAAGUUCCCUGAUAGCCUUCAGCAAAUAGCUUCCAAGAUGACUGGGACCCUGCCCCCCAAAGAAUUCCUCUGGGCUGUCUUUGAAUCUGUCCGGAACAGUAGUGACGAGAGCCACAGCUAUGAUCCCAGCCCGGGUUGCCAUGGAGUUGCCGCUGCCUCUUCCGAUGACAUCCUCAAGUUGGCUGAAGCCAAUGCCUGCUGGACCCUCGAGGACUUGCUCUGCAUGGAGGAAGACACGUUCAUCAGGAACGUGGAGCUCCUGGGGGCUGUCAGGGGUUUCAGCUGGCCUCAGCUGAUGGCCCUGAAGGAGAAGGCGAUACAGGUUUGGGACAUGCCUUCUUACUGGAGAGAGCACCAGAUUGUCUCCUUGGGGCGCAUUGGUUUGGCUCUCAGUGAGAGUGAGCUGGAGCAGCUGGAUCUCAGUUCCAUUGACACUGUGGCUUCCUUAAGCCAACAGACAGAAUGGAGCCCUGGACAGGCAAAAACUAUUCUGCAAGGGUUCCUGGAGGAUUCGGGCUAUCAUAUCCAGGAUCUGAAGAGCUUUCACCUAGUAGGACUUGGUGCAACUCUAUGUGCUAUGAACAUCACUGAAAUACCACUUAUAAAGAUCUCAGAAUUCAGGGUGGUGGUGGCCAGAAUCGGGACUCUGCUCUGCAACACAGCUAUAUUGGCUGAGUUUAAGAGGAAGGCGGAAGUCGUGUUUGGGGAACCCACUGAGUGGACCAGCUCCAUCUUGCAGGAACUCGGGACCAUUGCAGCUGGAUUAACUAAGGAAGAACUCCGAAUGAUUGACAAGGAUUUGAUGCCAUAUUUCCAGCCAUCAGCAGUAAAAUGCCUUCCUGAUGAGAUAUUCAAAGAGCUGUCCGCGGAGCAGAUAGCCUCCUUGGGCCCGGAGAAUGCCGCGGCCGUGACCGACGCCCAGCGCCGGCGGCUCAGCAUGUUGCAGCUGCAGAGCCUCCAGCGGGCGCUAGAUGGCGCCAAAACCCGCGUCUGGCUGGACGCGCCCCUGAGCGUCAGCCCCAGCGGGACCCCCUCCUCGGCUUCUCCCCCAGGAGCUCCCACGUCCUGGGGUCUUUGGCUUGGCUGCCCUCUCCUGGUUCUGGUGCCCGAGUCUCUGUGGUGAGCACAAACCCCGUCCAGUGCCCCGGGCAGCUGGUCAAGGCACGUAGAGACAGAGACUGCUUCAGACUGUGGGGACCCCUCCCCGGAUCCAGAGCCUCAACGGGGGCAGGGAGACCCAAAGCCUUGACUUUUAAAAGGCACCAAAGGGAAAAAUAAUUAUUAAAAAUGAUCUUGCAAGUUGUUUGCCUGUCUCCUUAGCAGGGAGUCAUUCUCUGCCCCUUUUCAGUCUUCUUUUUUCUUCUUUUUAGCUUGGAGACAGAGACAUUAUGGGGAGGGAAGGGCAUUUUCUGCCAGCAGGUGAGGACUUUGUGUACAAGUUACUGCCCUCUCCAGAGAGAGUUGCCAGAGUGAGGUGGGUGCGGGAGAAUGCUGGCUCUGGUUUGUGCUCUGGCUUAAUUUCACUUCCUUGGAGCUACCAGCUCAUUGGAUUUCUCCUUUGUAGAUAUUUAGCAGA